AUAUUUUUUUGCUUUUGUCAUACUCAGUUAAUUUUUCUAGCACAGUGACUUAGUAAAAGUGAUUUUGAAGUUUGAAGGUAGAGUAGCUUUAAAAGACACGUUAAUGAACCGAGAUACUAACGUUAGCACCACCACCACCAACAGCAGCAGCAUCAGCUUGAUGGCCGCCAUCAGGAAGAAGUUGGUGAUAGUUGGGGAUGGUGCAUGUGGGAAGACCUGUCUGCUCAUCGUCUUCAGUAAGGACCAGUUCCCGGAGGUCUAUGUCCCCACUGUGUUUGAGAACUACAUCGCUGACAUUGAAGUGGAUGGCAAACAGGUGGAGUUAGCGUUGUGGGAUACAGCGGGCCAGGAAGACUAUGACAGACUGAGGCCUCUCUCCUACCCUGACACAGAUGUUAUCCUCAUGUGCUUCUCCAUAGACAGCCCCGACAGUUUAGAGAAUAUUCCCGAGAAAUGGACUCCUGAAGUGAAACACUUCUGUCCCAACGUCCCGAUCAUUCUCGUGGGUAACAAGAAGGACCUGAGGAAUGAUGAACACACACGUAGGGAGCUGGCCAAGAUGAAACAGGAGCCUGUCAAAUCUGAGGAGGGCAGAGACAUGGCUAACCGCAUCAGUGCAUUUGGCUACUUGGAGUGCUCCGCCAAGACCAAGGAUGGUGUUCGGGAGGUGUUUGAGAUGGCCACCAGAGCAGCGCUGCAGGUCCGCAAGCGCAAGAAGAGGGGGGGCUGCCAGCUACUGUGAGGGGACAGAGUUUGUUGGCCAAUCAGCACCUGAGGGAGGACUGCCCCCUCAUGCAGAGAGCAAACUUAGAGAAACCUUAAAUCAAUGGCUUCCGUGGACUAUACUUACUUCACAGAUGCAGAUAUGCCACAGGAGAAUAUACAAGACUGACAUACCUGUUUUACCUGUUUAAAAGCAAAACAAAUCAGUUUUUAAGAAAAACCUCUUAUUUCCUCAGCUACUCACUUUGUUUCUGUUUGCUGUUUUCCUCCACUAUCCUGUUUGUGUGAGGGACCUGUUCCUUCCUCCUAUAUGAAUGUAUGUUUGUAUUUAUAUGUGCAUAUACUUUACAAAUAUAUCAUGUCUGUGUUAUGAUUGUUUACAGAGAAGGGUCUUGUAGGUCACGUGUCCACUGAAUGGCAAGAUAGGUUUUAGAUUUUCUUUAAUAGAAUGGCACCCUUGCUUCUCUUCAACCUGCAUGCGCGACUCAGUGUCCUUUUUAUAGAUCAGCCUUAGUCAGGAAUCCACGUCACACCACUAUUAUUGGUCAUUUUACACCCUCAACGUCCUAUUUGAGCAUGUGCUCUCGUUCCGCCUUUUUUCUAUGGAGAUGGCUUAAGCCGGCACUGGAGUCAGUGGUCUGUUGUCAUGGACACAAUACUCUCAGUUGCGCUAACACUGACUCCGACAGACUUGCCACUACCACUGUCUAUCACAGAGGUCUUGCCAAAACAUCCUCCUGUCUGAACUCUGUACUGUUGAUUCAGAUCCAGUAUACAGUCAUUGUGAAUCUCUGUGUACUGAAUCUACAUGUUGUGGAUGCACACUGUAUACAGCCAUGUUAAUAUUCAGAUUAUACUUUUAUGCCUAUUCCGUGCAUACAAGUUUUAAUACAUUUCCAACUGCCUGCUUGAUUGACAGUUCAAAGGUUGUUGUUACCAAUGUGCCAUCUCCUCAGUUUGGCUCAGUAGCUCUAGUUGAAAGCUACUUUAUUUGAAAUUAGGGCUUUGUUGUUGUGUAAGGCCUUUACUUGACACUACACACAAGGGACAUUCCUUGAAAUGUGAUUGGAAUGUUAGAUAUCGGAGCGAGUAGUAAGUGCCCAGUCAACAUUUUUCUCCUGAGUAGCCAUUGAAGAUCAUUGAAGUGGGGCCAACUAAUAAAGUAUGGUGUGAUCGGGCUCUUUAUUUUUUUAUUUUUUCAUUAGCAGGAGAGUUGAACAAGAAAUUUCAACAAAAUUGUAAGAUCCAACUUUAUCGGUGACCACAAUGAUUAAUCUUUCUCCAGGUGUGUAUUGUCAUCACUAAGUGACGGAAUCAUCAAACCACCUCAUCUUCUUCCAGACAGCCUUCUGAUACAGUUAGUGUGUGCUUCUGUAUCACGGCUGCAAAGAGAUGACGUACAUAAUGCUUAACAGAUCCUGUCACGAAAGAGCCCUGAACACUGUAAGUAUAUGUAAUGGUCCCUGCAUUGAUCUUUGCACCAUCAUAAGCUACAACUGUGGUAAUCCUUUUAUCCAGUACAUUCAGAUCCAUAGAGAUCAGAAUGUUGUGGGCUUUGGCUAAUUUCUGGACAGUGCCUCUAUGUUAUGUCAAACACCACAAUUCAAGAGAAAAUGUUGAUUGUGAUGACACUUUACAAACAGGAGUGGAAUGUGUUGAAAUAUGUUAUUAAAGUAUUUUUGAAUUACUA